CCACGCCCCCCCCUACACCACGCCACGCCUCUCUCUUCCCUCAGCCUCUUGCAACGGCGGUUUCCACUGUGACGACAACACCUGCAUCUACGAGAUCUACAUGUGUGACGAGAGGGAGGACUGUGCCAACGGAGAGGACGAGGCGGCGUCAGACUGCGAAUGUCGUGACACUGACUUCGUCUGCAACAACGGCCAUUGCCUCCCUGAUUACAUGGUGUGCGACGGAACUGCUCAUUGCCACGACGGGGAAGACGAAGCAAAUUGCAGAGGGGUGAAACCGGCCCGCCGACAGCCCCGCCCUCGCCGUGACCCCCGCCUGUCCCGAGCACAGAGUUCUUUCCUCUACAAACUCGCCAGAAUCCCCAAGAACUAAGGACUCCCUCCUUGCGACUCCCCUGCCUUCGUCAGUCGUUGGGAAAACCUGCCCGCAGGAUCCUACCGUUUCAGUUACUUCGCUUGGGAAUCGCAGUGUGCCAGUCUGGACCGAUUCUAUGAGAUGGAUUCUACUCUGAAUAAAUGUUUAAUCCAUA